AUGCCACCACGAAAGAAAGCAAAGGUGUCCCAUGCGGCAUCGCCGACACCAACAUCACAGCCCAAAACACCCACACCAGCAGAGAGCUCGCCCAACAAGGCGGCAGAGCAACUAAUCAACGACCCAUGGACCGACGAAGAAGAGAUCGGCCUCUUCAAAGGUCUGAUGCGCUGGAAGCCAACUGGUAUUCACAAGCACUUCCACCUUCUGUCCCUACACCAGUUCCUGCUAGAUGGCGGCUACAUACACCCGAAGAGUGAGCACACAAAGCCGGCUGGCAUAUGGCGGAAGCUCGAAACACUCUACAACCUUGAAGCUCUGGACGAGCGCGAAGACGCGCGACAAUUGGAUAAGGUGGAGAUUCCAGCUGCGUUCCGCAUCAAACGCACAGACAGCGACGAGGAGAUGAGCAGUAGUGCGGACAAUGAUGCGGAUGCAUAUAGUGACGCGGCGAACAAGAUUGACAACGACGACUUUGAGCUUCCGGAUGCUGAGUUUGGGCAAGAGAAAUGGGAGCGCAGACUGGAGGGCGGCAAGCAGAGGAAGGGCUCCAGCCCAAUGGUGCUGCCUGAGUUGAACAAGGCGAGUGAGCCUCCUGUACGGUUUACGCCUAGCUUCAGCAUCGAGCCAAGCGAAGCUGCCACACCUGCGUCAAGGACUGGAAGACCAAGGGCUGGUACAGCAGGAGCGAAGGGCAGAGCAGCUGCCGCUGCCGCCUCUGCUGCUUCUGGUACAAGGAGAUCUACGAGGCAUGCUGAAAGCGUCGCGGGUGAUGAGGAGCAAGACGACGAACAAGAGGAUGAGCCGGACGAGGACGAGGACGAAGAGGAGAGUGGGCAGAGCAAGCAAAGCACACCUGCGCCUCGCAGCACGCGCAGCACGAAAGGUGCUCGCGGGCGUCCGGCACGUGGCCAGAAGCGUCGUGGCAGAGGCAAGUAG